UAAAGCAACUGUCAUGGCCGCUCGCUCGGUUCAUCAUAUGGCCUAUUAGCAAACAGUUAUUUCCAAAAUUGACAUUUUCCUCUAUAUAUGAGCGGUUUAUUUUUUUUUGAUAGUAAGAGAACAGCAGUAGUGCGCCACCAAUACUAACACUACUGCUCGUGAGCUGACUGACUGGAGUUGGAGGAACCGGUAGCAUCUAAAAUGAGAACUGUUUUGAUGGUGGCAGAGAAACCAUCGUUGGCUCAGUCGAUUUCCAAAAUCCUCUCUAAAGGAAAUUGUGCAAGUCGCAAGGGUCUCAAUGGAGCAUGCUCAGUGCACGAAUAUACUGGCAGCUUUCAGGGCCAAAAUGUACGCUUUAAGAUGACUUCUGUUUGUGGACAUGUGAUGAGUCUGGAUUUCAUUGGAAAGUACAACAACUGGGACAAGGUUGACCCUGCAGAACUCUUUAGCAAAGCUCCCACAGAAAAGAAAGAGGCCAACCCCAAACUGAACAUGGUCAAGUUCCUCCAGGUUGAAGCCAGAGGCUGUGACGACGUGGUUUUAUGGUUGGACUGUGAUAAAGAAGGCGAGAACAUCUGUUUUGAGGUAUUGGAUGCCAUCCAGCCGGUGAUGAACAAGGGGAGUGUUAGGGAGCGGAGUGUUUACCGUGCCAAAUUCAGCUCCAUUACUGACACUGACAUCUGGAAUGCCAUGAACUGUCUAGGAGAGCCCAACCGCAAUGAAGCCCUGUCAGUGGAUGCACGACAGGAGCUGGAUCUGCGCAUUGGCUGUGCUUUCACCCGGUUCCAGACCAAGUAUUUUCAGGGCAAAUACGGCAAUCUAGACUCUUCCUUGAUCUCAUUUGGACCAUGCCAGACCCCCACACUAGGCUUCUGUGUGGAACGCCAUGACAAGAUCCAGUCAUUUAAACCAGAGACUUACUGGAUCAUCCAGGCAAAGGUGUUCAAAGGAAAGGACAGCCCACUGACACUGGACUGGAACAGGGUGAGGGUCUUUGACAGGGAGGUGGGCCAGAUGUUUGUCAACCUGGCUAAGACAUCCAGGGAGGCUGUGGUGGAGUCAGUGAGUAAGAAAGAGAAGAUCAAGCAGAGACCCCAGGCCUUGAACACAGUGGAGAUGUUGAGAGUGGCAAGCUCUGCCUUAGGCAUGGGUCCCCAGCAUGCCAUGCAGAUUGCAGAGCGCCUGUAUACACAGGGCUACAUCAGCUACCCACGUACUGAGACAACCCACUACCCAGAGAACUUCGAUCUGAAAGGAACACUGAAACAGCAGAUCAACAAUCCCAUAUGGGCAGAAGAGGUGAAGGCUCUGCUUUCAACGGGAUUGAACCGACCCAGGAAAGGAACUGAUUCUGGAGACCAUCCACCUAUCACUCCCAUGCGUGCUGCCUCAGAAGGGGAACUGGGCAAUGAUGGCUGGCGGCUAUACGAGUAUAUCACACGACAUUUCAUUGCCACUGUCAGUCAGGACUGCAAGUACCUACAGACCACCAUAGACUUCAGCAUUGGGACAGAGGCCUUCUCAUGUAGUGGCAAAACACUGAUAUCACCAGGGUACACAGCAGUGAUGCCUUGGCAGGGGAUUCCUCUGGAAGAGGCCAUGCCAGAUUGUGAACGUGGAGACAUUUUCACAGUUGACGAGAUCAAGCUGGUGGAAAAGCAGACCAGCCCCCCAGACUAUCUGACUGAGGCCGAACUCAUCACCCUCAUGGAGAAACAUGGCAUUGGUACUGAUGCCAGCAUCCCUGUCCACAUCAACAACAUCUGCCAGAGGAACUAUGUUACAGUAGAGAAUGGACGCAAGUUGAAGCCAACCAACCUGGGCAUUGUCCUGGUACAUGGCUACUACAAGAUAGAUGCAGAGCUGGUUCUGCCCACCAUACGCAGUGCUGUAGAGAAGCAACUGAACCUUAUCUCUCUGGGUAAAGCCAACUACCAACAGGUCUUGCAGCAUGCGCUGGAUAUCUUCAAGAGGAAGUUUCACUACUUUGUGGAUUCCAUCACCAGCAUGGAUGAGCUGAUGGAAGUCUCGUUUUCGCCCAUUGCUGCCUCUGGAAAACCCCUGUCCAGAUGUGGCAAGUGCCACCGCUUCAUGAAGUACAUCCAGGCCAAGCCCAGCAGGCUCCACUGCUCCCACUGUGACGAGACCUACAGUCUUCCACAGAAUGGAGCCAUCAAGCUAUACAAGGAGCUCCGCUGUCCACUGGAUGACUUUGAGCUUGUGCUUUGGACCUCUGGGGCCAGGGGCAAGAGCUACCCCCUGUGCCCUUACUGCUUUAGCAAUCCGCCUUUCAGGGACAUGAAAAAAGGUAUGGGAUGCAAUGAAUGUACCCAUCCAUCCUGUCAGCACUCUCUCAACUCUUUGGGCAUUGGACAGUGUGUGGAGUGUGAUAGUGGGGUUUUGGUGCUGGAUCCCACCUCUGGACCAAAAUGGAGGAUGGCCUGUAAUAAAUGCAACGUGGUGGUAAACUUCUUUGAACAUGCACACAGAGUGCAGGUUGCUCAGGAGAGCUGCGAUGCCUGCGAUGCCUCUCUGGUUGCAGUUGACUUCAACAAGACUCGCACUCCACUUCCUGGAGGUGAGACCCAACACAACGGCUGUGUUUUCUGUGAUCCCGUUUUCCAGGAUCUGGUGGAACUUAAACAUGCCACCAUGAGGCACUUCAUGCACCGGGGUGGGGGUGCAAGACGAGGAGGACGGGGACGGGGCAGGGGACGCCGUGGCAAUCCUAAAAAACCCAAAGACAAAAUGGCUGCCUUGGCAGCUUAUUUUGUAUAGUGUCUGUGUAUAACGUGUCCUUUUAUUUGCCUGACACAUAGUCUAAAGAUGUGUAUGUCUGUAAAAGGAGCUCUGUUUUUACGUGUUUAAUUACACUGAAGUAAAAUAUAUAUUAAAAAAUGUUUGCUAUAAGUGUGUUUGCUCACCAUCAUAAAGAACUAGUUCAUAUAUAUGUUGUAGACUUCAAAAUACAGUUUUCAAGGAAAAAGCAUGUCCAAAUCUUCUUUGCAGUGCUGGACUUUUGUGAUUUCAAUACUUUGAGCUUCGAGCUUAUUCUACUAUUUACUUUCAUAGUUAUUUUUAUUGAUUUUAAAACAUUUACAAAGACAAUCACCCCUGCCACCCCAUACCAAAAACAAUGAAGACAUAACAGCCUAAUGAUUAAAAAAAAAAAGGGAGGUAUAAAUUCAGGCAGGCAGUGAAACAAAUAUAAAUACUCUAAUUUUUAAAUUAAACUCAUUAUUUACAGUAAUUCCAAGGUAAUUGAAACUCUCUUCAAUAAUUCUAAUAGAAGCCUAAUUUCCUCAACAUUUAAAGGAUUGACAUAUAAUGGAAACAGCUAACUCUUAUGGAAGUUUAUCUUAUAACCUGAGAUCUGACCAAAAUGUUGCGGCAAAUUAAGGGUGAUAGGAGUAGUGUUCUCUACAUUAGAGACAUAUAGAUAGAUAUACAUAUAGACAUAUACUGACAGUUUAUGCUCCAUGGCACCUCUCCGUAUACCUGAUAUAUGCUGGUUGGUCCGUAUAGCUACAGCAAGCAGCUCAAUGGCAUAUACAAAGAAAUGGGCUAAACGGGAACCUCUGCUGAGUUCCAUAAUGUAAAGUCAAGAGUGCAGAAUAUGUAUUCUUAGUUAAAACCACAGAUGAGGGACAUGAAUACAGUCGCUUGACCCAGGAAAUAAAUGUUGCUCCAAGAUUCGAACAGGUAGUACCAGUCUUCUCUGUCGAAUGCCUUCUUUGCAUCCAAGGAGAGAAAGCACUGUAUGUCGCUUUUGUAAGGGGAGUAGAAAUGUUAAAUAAGGGCUGGAUAUUAAUGAAGAAAGAGUUAUGUUUUUUUAACAAAGCCUGCCUGAUCUGGGUAUAUAAUAGUGGGCAGGAUGUCCACAAGCUGAUAUUCCAGAACUUUAGCCAGUAUUUUGUAGUUGAAAUUUAAUAGAGAUAUUGGUCUCUUUGAUCUGCAUUUUAAAGGGUCCUUAUCUUUUUUAGCCAGCAACGUUAUGCAGGCCCAACUAAGAAACGGUGGAAGUGAUCCUGCUGCCAGUGACUCUGAAUACAUAGUUGAUGGGAUGGGCAAUGGCAGAUUAAAAAGUUUCUGAUAGAAUGUAUAUGGCAGCUCAUUAUGGCCUAGUGAUUUCACAGACUGCAAUUUGGUUUCUGUUUUCUCACGUUGUGAGAUAGGUUUAUCUGUUCUGGCUACUUGGUUUGGAGACAUAGUAGGGAUGUUAUGGCUCUUAAAGAAUUCUUUAAUGUUCGAAUUAGAAAAGUUGCUAGACACAUAUAAAUCAAAGCCCUACAACUAUUAUUAAUUUUUUUCUUGUUCAUGAACAUCCCGUCAUCUCAGAAAGAUAUUGCACUUAUAAUUUGUUUAGCUUUUGCACCUUACAACUGGCUAGCUAGAACUCUC